AAAAAAAAAGAUUUAAGGUUAAAAAAGCUUGAAAACAGCAGCACAAUAGCUAAUGCCACAGUAAACUGGGGUGUGCUGUGGGGUAACGGUAAUCGAUGAGGGUAACGUUUGUGGAUUCGCAACUGAAGUAAAUAUGCAUUCGCUGUGGUGGUUUUUUCUUUAAUUGGCUUGAGGAAAAGCCAGAGAGAGAGAGAGAGAGAAAUAAAGCGCAUAGCUCCUAUCAGUAUCAGGUGUUUGAAGAAAGGCGUUGGGGGUCUUCUUCCAUUGAUAUAUGCCAUGUCGAGACCCUCUGAAGCAUUUCUUCGAACAGUUUGUUGUCAUAUUGAUUGAUUUUACACAGUAGAAGGGAAAAAAGGGCUUUGAUGCAUAUCUCACUUUGGAAGCCAUUAUCUCACUGCGCUUCUCUAAUCUUGGACAAAAAGAGCAGAAAAAAAGAUGAUUCUGACCAUUCAACAGAAGAAAUCAAGAGAAACCCUUCAAUUCUGCGGAAAUUGCGAGAGCAUAAGCUCAAAGAGGCUCUCGAGGAAGCAUCUGAAAAUGGGUCUCUUGUUAAAUCCCAAAACAUGGCUUCUGAUUCCAUGGUCAAUCAAGAUGAGGGUUUGGCCCGAUCGAGAUCACUUGAUCGGCUAAAUGCACAGGCAGAGUUUCUUAGAGCCACUGCCCUUGCGGCUGAGCGUACAUUCAGUUCUGGGGACUCCAUUCCUGAGCUUGGCGAGGCGUUCUCAAAGUUCCUCACGAUGUACCCGAAGUAUCAGUCGUCAGAGAGGAUUGAUCAGCUGAGGGGAGAGGAGUACUCGCAUCUCUCUGGUGCCAAUUCAAAGGUAUGUCUCGACUAUUGUGGAUUUGGAUUGUUUUCAUUGCUACAAACUGUUCAUUACUGGGAAUCGUCCACAUUUAGCUUGUCUGAGAUUACUGCAAAUUUGGGAAAUCACGCUCUAUAUGGGGGAGCUGAGAAAGGUACCAUUGAACAUGAUAUAAAGAUGAGAAUAAUGGACUAUUUGAAUAUCCCUGAGAAUGAGUAUGGCCUUGUAUUUACCGUGAGUCGUGGCUCGGCCUUUAAACUUUUAGCUGAAUCAUAUCCAUUUCAAACAAACAAAAGGUUGUUGACCAUGUUUGAUCAUGAAAGUCAGUCUGUGAAUUGGAUGGCUCAGAGUGCUAGAGAGAAAGGUGCCAAAGUUAAUAGUGCGUGGUUUAAAUGGCCUUCUCUCAAGCUCUGUUCAACUGAUCUUAGGAAGCAAAUUUUGAACAAACGGAAGAGGAAGAAAGAUUCCGCUGUCGGCCUUUUCGUUUUUCCUGUGCAGUCUAGAGUUUCUGGUGCGAAGUACUCGUAUCAAUGGAUGGCCCUGGCUCAACAGAAAAAAUGGCAUGUUUUGCUUGAUGCUGGGUCAUUGGGCCCAAAGGACAUGGAUUCCCUUGGAUUAUCUUUAUUUCGACCAGAUUUCAUCAUCACUUCGUUCUACAGAGUGUUUGGCUAUGACCCAACUGGAUUUGGAUGUCUUUUAAUCAAGAAAUCUGUGAUGUCAAGCCUUCAGAAUCAGUCUGGACGUACCGGGUCGGGUAUAGUGAAAAUUACACCCAUGUUUCCUCUGUACUUGAGUGAUUCAAUGGAUAAUUUUCCUGGAUUUGUUGAGGAUGAAGAAGUCAGUGGGAUUGAAGUUAACUCGGAAACUCGUCCUGGAUCUCAGUUGCCUGCCUUUUCUGGUGUGUUUACAUCUGCACAGGUGAGGGAUGUAAUUGGAAGUGAAAUGGAACAUGAUAACAAUUCUGAUAGGGAUGGGGCGAGCACUGUAUUUGAGGACACUGAGAGUAUUUCUGUUGGGGAGGUGAUGAAAAGCCCUGUAUUUAGUGAAGAUGAAUCGUCGGAUAACUCACUGUGGAUUGAUUUAGGUCAGAGUCCACUGGGUUCAGAUAAAGCUGGUCAUGCAAGCAAACUCAAUGUGGCCUCUCCAUCGCCACCAAUUUGGUUUGCUGGCAGAAAAACUCGUCAGCAAAUUUCUCCGGAAGCAUUAAAGACAUCAAGUAGACCGAUGUUUGAAAAGGAAUUGAAUCCAGGACAUGAUGAAGACCACCAUGCAUUAUCAUUUGAUGCAGCUGUUCGAUCAGCGUCUCAAGAAUUGGACAAUUUCAAGGAGAUUCCCGAAGAAGAACAUAUUACUGAAAGAAAUGAGGUUUUGAGAGAAUGUAGAACUCCAGUGUAUCAUCAUCUUCAGGAAAUUGAAGAAGAACCCGAUACUAACAAUCCACUUAAUUCUGCUGUGAAAGGAUACGGUCCCAACAACUUUUCUUCUGCUUCUAGUCAUAGAAACAGGCAGAAUGGCUCAGCUUCUGAGAUAUUCCGUGAAACGAAGGAAAGUGCAAUAAGAAGAGAGACGGAAGGUGAGUUUAGGUUGCUAGAAAGGAGAGAAAAAGGUAGAAUUCCUGGUGGUAGAUUUUUUGGCAUAGAAGAGACAGAGCAGCUUGGAAGCAGGGAAAGAAGGGUAUCCUUCAGCACAGAAGACCAUCACAGAGCUCGCCUAAGCCAAACUCUG